AAAGCAUGGUUAUACGGCGGCGCAAAUCACUGGAAGCAAGCAUACAUCUCAGACAAUUCAGUAACAAUUAUAAUUUGUAUUGGAAACAAAACUCUUUGCCGAAAUCAAGGAAAUUAGUCCUGUAUCAUCGCCGUGCGGUUCUAACGCUAGGCCAGAUUACCAAUCGUGCCUUCUGACAAUUGACUUUCUUAACAUUAUCUAGCUUCUCAAUUUAAGCAUAGGAUCUUAUUAGUUAAUCUGCACUAUUUGGGUGGGAGGAGAGCGGGGCCAGCAUGCAGAGCUUGGGUCGCUUGAGUUCCGGGCAAGCCGGUCCUUCCUGCAGUCGCCCUAUUGGUCGAACAACACACUUCCUAAGACAUCAAAGUCGAGUACACACAGCGCUUCCGCUGCCACACCCAGUCGCAGCUUCUGCUGCGUUCGACGCGUCGUCAUCCGGCGACCAGCAACAAGCACAAGGGCAGGACUAUAAGCCUUUCCCCCGGCUGAAAGAGCGCGAUCCCUACAGGUUGCUAGGUUUAAGUCACGACGCGGGCUUUGAGGAGAUUCAGGACGCGCGAAACUACUUGUACGAACUCUACAGAUGGCAUGAGCCCAGUCGGGAAGCCAUCGAGCUUGCCUUUGACCACCUCAUCAAGGAAAAGCUAAGCGCACGGCACAAGUACGGCUUCCAGCCCAUCCGGACAGGGCGGCGCGGGGGCGUGCUUGGUCGCGCCAAGGCCUCAUGGGAGAAGAAACUGUACGACCUGAUUGACCCCACCAUCACACCCACCAACCUCAUUAACGAGGGAUCCGUCUUCUUGGGCCUGGCGCUGUGGGCCAUGUUCGCCACCGACCAGUCCUUCCCGCUGGCCGCCUCCUUCGCCUACUCGGUCUACAAGUACCAGCAGAAGCGCGUGAAGGCGGAUCCGGAGGGGCCCUUCUUCGGGGGCAACCCCAUCGUGGGCGCCAUCCUGACCACCGUGCUGGUGCUGGGAGCGGCAUGCGGGUUGAUGGCCGCGCUGACCACCCCGCUGGCCCCGCUGCUGGGCCCCCAGCUGCGGCAGGCGGGUGCCUUCAUGGUGGUGAUGCUGGUGGGGCUGGCCACCGUGUACCUCAAGUAGGGGGGCAGUGGAGGGGAGGAGACGGAGCGGGGCGGUGGAGGGAGGAGCAGCGGAGGAUGGAAGGAUGGAGAAUGGGAAAGGGCAGCGGAUGGAAAGGAGCAGGGGCAUAGGGGUGCUGCUGGCAGCAUACUCCAGCUGCGGAGCUUGGGGGAGGAGGGAGCACCGGUGACAAUGCAAAGCGUUGUCAGCCGUGUAGUGGUGUGCGACCACACGUAGUACAGCAGCAGCAGCAGCAACAGCAGCGGCGGAGGCGGCCGCUGUGUGGCAUGGGGAUAUGUGAAGUGGGCGGGGGCGUUCAGGAGCUGAACCCGACCGGCAUGGUUGGGAUGUGCUGGGAUGUGGUUGGUACUCGGUGCCCCGCUUGCCGGGCAGUUAGGUUGUUGGAAAUGGAGGAGGUGUAGUGGGGUCAGGUAGAGCAUUGCUGACGGUCACGUCGUGCUGAAGAGAGCACGUGCAUGUGGAUUGUCUCUCGUCUGGGUCAUGUGGCCUUGUGGGGCCAUGUGGGUGUUGAAAGACCUGUGCGCGUCUCCGCGCCUCGGCCUGAUGACUGUGCUAGGACGGUCAAAAAUGGGGUACUUUCCAGUUGACAGGUUACGUUUAUACCCAGCAUCGGAGGCAUGACAGCAGCUGCGGGGCAGGUUGUGGCUGGUGACAGGGUGUCUGCAUGUUAGUCAUACGCCACCGCCGCCGGGUUGCCGGCGUUCCUCUCUCCGGCCUCAUGGGGGGCUGUCGUGCUUUUCAUCUUGAAAGCGCUUUUUGCUUUUGAGAGGAGGUCAAGGAAUGGGAUCGCGUUGCCGGGUGCAUAUGCCAUGGGUCAGUCAGGGUAUAACACGGGGCAGGGCAGGGACUUGAUUGCAGUAGUCGAAACAGAAUUACAGAAGAGUGCUCUCAGUGCUUUGCGCUGGCAUGAGGUAUUGCAUGUGUGUGCGGUUGCAUGCGUUGGCUCAGUGGAGCAGGCAGUACGGCAGAAGAAUGUACGGACGUCCCGUCGGAUGCAGGGCGCCUAUUCCCCAUUGCGGUGCUUAAUGUAGCACCUGGUGUUGUGCAUGUGAUGCGGCUGACGGCUGCUGGGUAGAGGCACAAAAGAGCGAGAAGCCGCGUGCCUGCACGAAUGUGAUACACCUUAUAGCAGCAAGUACACAGCAGAUGCCAUACGUGCCCCUGAGCAGGCGCACACCACGGGUCGGACAGGG